UCUGUGUCAGUCAGGGAUUGUAGGGAAAAAAGAAAUUUUGAAAACCGAUAAUUUCUCUUGCAGCACUCAAAGAAAAAAAAAUUUUUCUCAUUUUUAGUUAAUUAACAAUUUAAUUUUUUAAUACCAAACGAUGAAAAUGCAAUACCAAACGUCUGUGUCAGUCAGGGAUUGUAGGGAAAAAAGAAAUUUUGAAAACCGAUAAUUUCUCUUGCAGCACUCAAAGAAAAAAAAAUUUUUCUCAUUUUUAGUUAAUUAACAAUUUAAUUUUUUAAUACCAAACGAUGAAAAUGCAAUACCAAACGUCUGUGUCAGUCAGGGAUUGUAGGGAAAAAAGAAAUUUUGAAAACCGAUAAUUUCUCUUGCAGCACUCAAAGAAAAAAAAAUUUUUCUCAUUUUUAGUUAAUUAACAAUUUAAUUUUUUAAUACCAAACGAUGAAAAAGCAAUACCAAACGUCUGUGUCAGUCAGGGAUUGUAGGGAAAAAAGAAAUUUUGAAAAACGAUAAUUUCUCUUGCAGCACUCAAAGAAAAAAAAAAUUUUUUUAAUAGUUAAUUAAUUAACAAUUUAAUUUUUUAAUACCAAACGAUGAAAAAGCAAUACCAAACGUCUGUGUCAGUCAGGGAUUGUAGGGAAAAAAGAAAUUUUGAAAAACGAUAAUUUCUCUUGCAGCACUCAAAGAAAAAAAAAUUUUUUUUAAUAGUUAAUUAAUUAACAAUUUAAUUUUUUAAUAUCAAACGAUGAAAUUGCAAUACCAAACGUCUGUGUCAGUCAGGGAUUGUAGGGAAAAAAGAAAUUUUGAAAACCGAUAAUUUCUCUUGCAGCACUCAAAGAAAAAAAAAUUUUUCUCAUUUUUAGUUAAUUAACAAUUUAAUUUUUUAAUACCAAACGAUGAAAAAGCAAUACCAAACGUCUGUGUCAGUCAGGGAUUGUAGGGAAAAAAGAAAUUUUGAAAAACGAUAAUUUCUCUUGCAGCACUCAAAGAAAAAAAAAUUUUUUUUAAUAGUUAAUUAAUUAACAAUUUAAUUUUUUAAUACCAAACGAUGAAAAUUCAAUACCAAACGUCUGUGUCAGUCAGGGAUUGUAGGGAAAAAAGAAAUUUUGAAAAACGAUAAUUUCUCUUGCAGCACUCAAAGAAAAAAAAUUUUUUCUCAUUUUUAGUUAAUUAACAAUUUAAUUUUUUAAUACCAAACGAUGAAAAUUCAAUACCAAACGUCUGUGUCAGUCAGGGAUUGUAGGGAAAAAAGAAAUUUUGAAAAACGAUAAUUUCUCUUGCAGCACUCAAAGAAAAAAAAAAUUUUUUUACUAGUUAAUUAAUUAACAAUUUCAUUUUUUAAUACCAAACGAUGAAAAAGCAAUACCAAACGUCUAUGUCAGUCAGGGAUUGUAGGGAAAAAAGAAAUUUUGAAAAACGAUAAUUUCUCUUGCAGCACUCAAAGAAAAAAAAUUUUUUUUUAAUAUUUAAUUAAUUGACAAUUUCAUUAUUUAAUACCAAACGAUGAAAAAGCAAUACCAAACGUCUGUGUCAGUCAGGGAUUGUAGGGAAAAAAGAAAUUUUGAAAACCGAUAAUUUCUCUUGCAGCACUCAAAGAAAAAAAAUUUUUUCUCAUUUUUAGUUAAUUAACAAUUUAAUUUUUUAAUACCAAACGAUGAAAAUGCAAUACCAAACGUCUGUGUCAGUCAGGGAUUGUAGGGAAAAAAGAAAUUUUGAAAAACGAUAAUUUCUCUUGCAGCACUCAAAGAAAAAAAAAAUUUUUUUAAUAGUUAAUUAAUUAACAAUUUAAUUUUUUAAUACCAAACGAUGAAAAAGCAAUACCAAACGUCUGUGUCAGUCAGGGAUUGUAGGGAAAAAAGAAAUUUUGAAAAACGAUAAUUUCUCUUGCAGCACUCAAAGAAAAAAAAAUUUUUUUUAAUAGUUAAUUAAUUAACAAUUUAAUUUUUUAAUACCAAACGAUGAAAAAGCAAUACCAAACGUCUGUGUCAGUCAGGGAUUGUAGGGAAAAAAGAAAUUUUGAAAAACGAUAAUUUCUCUUGCAGCACUUAAAGAAAAUAUUUUUAUUUUUUUAAGAACUUAAUGUGACGAAUUAUACAAAAUAUUUUUUUUUUAUUAAGAGAAUUGAAUUUAUUUAAUUUUUAUCUUUAUACAUGUAUUUGAUUUAACCAAAGUGGUGUUAAACAAAUUGUUCUGCAUUUAAAUUUUGCCGGCAAUUCAUAAUGGCUGACCGUCAUGCGCAUGCGUAAUGUUGAAUAGCAUGACAGUCCUGUUCAUCAUUGUACAUUUAUUUUUAUGUUAUAUUUUAGUUUUUUUUUACUACCAAACAUCAGAAAGUAGAUACCAAUCACUACCAAACAACUACCAAACGUUACCACUUUGAAUUAUCUUAAAAAAUUGUAUAGUGUAGUGCUACCGUGAAGUUAGCACUUUGAACUUAAAAUUUAAAUAACUUUUUUAAUAUUUACUACCAAACAAUUAAAACUGAUUACCAUACACUACCAUACGAUUACCAAACGAUUUGAUAUAGUUUAAUAAUGAUUUAAUGAGUUUGCGGUGCCAACUUCACGUCGCUUUUAAUAUAUUAACUGUCAAACUUUCAUUGUUUAUCUGACGAACGGAAGUAGAUGGCGCUGUAAACAUUUGUCAAUUUUCAAAUAAUGUCACAAACGAUCGUUCCUAUUGGAUAUUUUUCAAAUUUGCUCGCAAAUAAACAGCCAAUUAGCGCGAUCGUUUUUAAAACGCGCCUUAAAGUUGUUGGUUAUGUUUAUGUUAUUGUUUACAUAAAUUAUUUUUAUAUAUUGAAUGUUUCUAUUGAAAACAAAUGACAGUAAAAAAUUAGAAAGUCAAUGACCGAGAAGAAAAGAGUUCUUAUGGUGUGUUUAGGUAAUACAUGUAGAUCAACGAUCGCUGAAGCUGUAUUUAAAAAUUAUGCCAAAAAAAUGAAUUAUUUAUGGGAUGUUGACAGUGCUGGUUUGAGAGGUUAUCAUAUUGGCGAAGGUCCUAAUCAAAGAACUUUAGAUAUUCUUGCAAAAAAUGGCAUAGAAAAUUAUUAUCACAUUGCAAAAGUCAUUAAAAAUCAAGAUUUUGAAGAUUUUGAUUGGAUACUGGGAAUGGAUGAAUAUAAUUUGUCACGUUUAAAAGAAUUACAACCAAAAAAUUGUCGAGCAAAAGUUGAACUUCUUGGAAAAUAUCAUCCAAAUGGAGAAAUAAUUAUUGAAGAUCCUUAUUUUGAAAAUGAUGUUACCAGUUUUCAGACAGUUUACGAACAAUGUGUCGCAUGUAUUAAACAUUUCUUGGAGCAAAAAAAUUAAAAUUAAUGUUUUAUGAUCUAGUCAUUAAUUAAAUACAAAGUGAUAAAUAGUGAGUGGU